GAUCCAGUUAGAACAAGGACUUGCGGGUCUUCAACACGUGACAAGCUUGUUUCCAAUUUUACGCUCGGGAUCAUAUAGUCAGUGUGUCCCUGCUUUGUCGAUCGUCGUCACGAUGACACGCGACACGGCCAACGCAGCUCCAGUGGCCGCGCCAAGGACGAAAAAGAUCAGAAACUCUGCUCCCACGCCGCCUGCAGAACCAGUGCUACACAGUCCUUCUGAACUAUUUACCGCGGAAAUUCCUCCACCACCUUAUUUGCGUAGGGAAAAAAAGGGUAAAAAGGCUCCGAAACCACCUGUACCGGAGAAGCCAGUAGGUCUAGCCGCGAAGAUCAGUUUUGAGGAGACAGAGACUAAACCAGAAGGACUGGAGAAGAGUUUAAAUCCUGAAAUUCCGCAGGAAAAUGCUGAUGGAGAAAAUAAUUUUGCGGUCAAAAGUGCGCCUGUAUUUGCAGAGGUUCCUGACAAACUCGCAUCGGUUGCUGUUGAUGAAUUGCACGCAGAUGAUGAGACAAAUGGUGUUUUGGAACCGACGGCCGACAAGGGAUGGGAGCAGCAUCAGGACGUCUGCAGAAAUCUGGAAAGUAGCAGUCUUGAAGAGUCGAUUGAAGUUGAGGUCGUGAAUUCUGAAAAAGAAAAUUUAGAACAAGAAAAGUGCCAGCCUCCAAAAAUUAUCGACGAAAUCUUCAAAUCGAGCCUAUCUGAAAGUACUGAAGAGCCAGUAGGAGAAAAAAUAAUUGAAAUUACUCCUGAAGAACUUCCUGGACCAUCAGGAAACAUGGAUUUGGAUCUGCCACAGUACGCGUUCCUCUCAAAUCCUGCACCACCAAUACCGGCUCCUUUAGAACCGGUUCCACACAUAAACCCAAUGGAGCCAAAGAGUAUUUUCAAAUUUUACACGCCAUCUAAAUUCAAUCCACAGAGUUUUAAUUCUUCAGGUGCUUUUAAAGUGAAACCAAUUGAUUUUGGGCCACCAAAGGUACGAGAAAGCACAUCUCCAACUUUAGAAGAAAUGCCUAAAAAUUUGGAAAAUACUCCAAGUGACCCUUCCGACUGGAAAGGCAAACCAGAAUCAAACCUGAAUAAUGAAAACCAGCUUCUGUCAGCAGAAGCUAAUGAGUCGUCUGAAUGCAAAAAUCUUUUGCGCUUCGACAGUGUCGACGAGGAAAAUGUGGGCUUUGAUGACGCGGUCUGCGAGAAGUCCACGGAAAAAGAUUUGCUGGCCGAACUUCCGCCAGAGGUGAACGUCCUGCAGAUGCCAUUACAAAUUUCCGUGGAGAUUAACCCGAACGAGGACGUUUUCGAGGGGCACGGAAAUGGAACAUCCGCUUUUUCCGUGGCUGCGAUUUCACCGCGCGAAAGUUUGCAAGGAGUCGAGAGCAUCCACCAAAACUUUAACAAUUUCACCAAGCACAUGCUGGCCAACGACUACGUGCUGAUUGAGAAGACCGGGAAAAAUGAGCAGAGCAAGGCCGGCGACUCUUCUCCCUGGGCCAUCGGAGAAAGUGCCAUAUGCGAUACGAUUCCAGAGGAAAGCCCCUCUUUUGACGUGGACUGGGGUACGUUUGGCGAAAACGAGUGCGAGUUGAACCAGGAAGAGCAACCCGCAGAAGUUUCAAACGAGACGCCUUGGUCUUUGUUGGAUCACAUGACCGCUGACGACGGAGAAAUUGCGCCAUCAGAGAAUGAUGAGGACGAAAUUGUUGAGGCUCUUGAAGCUAGCGCAAUCAGCAAAGAAGAGGAGGAUGAGAAAAAUUGCGACGACGUGAUGGAGUCGGAGCUCGAUCAAAAUAUUAUUUGUGAUCAAGACGAGGAGGAAAAUGAGCGUCUGUGUAUUUCUGAUGACGAGGCAGCCACAGCAGAUCUUGCAGCAGCAGCAGCAGGAACGCAAGAAGUGCCAGCGGUAGAGUCGAAUGAGCGCGAUGUCAACCUCGAAAAAUCGUGGGGAGUCCUCGGUCUGCGACUUGAGAUGGCGUGUCUCGGAGACGACGAAAAUUUUUCGGUGAUAGUGGCAGAGGUCAUGUCUGGAGGAGCAGCAGAGUACGAAGGCACCAUACAACCAGGUGACCAGAUUUUGGCAGUGAACGGUUCGCCGGCGGGCACACUUGAAGAGACAGUGCGUCUAUUCAGAGUUGGGCCUGACGUGGUGAAUUUGCGGAUCCUGCGAAAUGCCGCCCCCGCUGUAGAAAUGGGCUCCAAUGUGAGCUGUGAAAAAGGACUCAACAGGCGCAGCAUCUCCAGCGGCAACCUCGAUGCACCUCUCCCGAGGGCUUCUAAAGUGGCUCACUUGGCCAACCACAACGGAAGCCAGACGCUGAACAAGCACUGCGGCUCCCUUCCCAACUAUCUGGACAGAGAGAACGACCAGGAGAACAACAACCGAGUCAACAACCAACUGAACAUGGAGCUGAAAUUUCACUCGGUGCUGCCGAGGGACAACGGCGCCCCAGACCGGCUGCCGCCCCUGCUGCUGCCGCCGCCCCCUCUCUUCCACGACCCGGUCAACGACCAGGGCUACGGCUCGGAGAGGUCGCCCGAGGAGGAAAAACCACCCUUGCUCCUGCCCAAGUAUCCAUUUAUUAAUAAAGAAAAUGUGUUCGAAGUAUGCUUGUCAAGAGGGAGCAGAGGACUAGGUCUUAGUGUUACUGGAGGUGUAGACUGCGCCAACGAGCCGUGGCCGGGGCUAAUCAGAAUCAAGCGUCUGUUUCCUCGCCAACCUGCCUGGCAGGACGGAAACCUCGCGCCGGGAGACGUGCUUCUUGAAGUCAACGGGGUCCAUCUGACCGGGAUGACCAACUACGAGGCACUGGAAGUGCUGCGAACUACCUCUCCGGAAGUGAAGCUCAAAGUGUGCAGGCCGCCUGCUGGUGCUGGUCUCUUACCGGUUGACCCUGAGGACAGCGUAAUGAAACCUGUGGAAGACGUUCUCAAGCCCAGCAUUCCCUUGCGGCACGAAGAUCAAGCUAGUGAUGAUAGCAACGAUGAAAGGGAAGAAAAGGACGCAAAGGACACCAGUCCUGAGAGUGGCGAAUUCUCAAUUGAAAUUAGGAAAGUAGACAAAAGUUUGGGCUUCACCCUUUGGAAGGAGGACACAAGCAGACUGGGCCACUACGUUAGAGCCCUGGUGAAGGAACCGGCAGUGAGCGAUGGCAGAAUCAGACCCGGAGAUAAAAUAAUGGCUGUGAACGAUGUUGAAUUCUCUGAGCUGUCGCACGAAGAAGCGGUGGCCUUCCUGCGCAAGUGUGGCGAUGUCGUCACCAUCAAACUAUACAGGGACGCCGCCCAGACGCCACUGUCCUUCCUCUCGCCCACGGAUGGCUUCAGAACUUUCCCCAGAACGAGGCCCCUGCUUCGCAAGGAAGCGAUGGACAUGCUGCACGACCUGGCAGGCAAAAAGCAAGGCUCGCCGCAGGACUCUAACCGCCACCGAAGGGCUUCAGACGGUCACAACCACAAAUCGCCGCACAGCGCGUCGCCGAGGAAGAAGCUGGUAAAGACGCCUCCGAGUCACUUAAAGGCCGAGAAAGUUGACAAGCCAGCGGAUGUGACAGACGCGUCAGGAAGAGCAGCGCUGCAGCUGAGCCUCCAGGCGCUCGCGGAUGCCAAAAACUCGGCAGAAAGGUCGGAAAGCCAAUCGCGCAGCAGCAGCAGACCAGUUUCCUUGGAUCUCAGUACGCCAUCCAGUGCUCGCAAGCAGAAAUUCCAGUUCAUGUCUCCGCCCUUCAGCGGAGAGGACGACGAAGACGACAGUUCCGUCAUCGCUGGCCUGAGCCCUCCAAAUGAGUACCCAGGUCCAAGCAGCCUGGUGUCCCAGCCGGCCAGUAUGCCACCAAUGGAAUCGUCGUCGGCGGCCCUAUUUGGAAAGCUGCAGUACCAGAGCGCGCACCUACCCUCCAACCAGUCUCCCUCUCUGUCUGCCUGCUCAGACCAGGAAAUAUGUCAGAACCCGCACGGCUUGCUCAAGUGGAAGGGGGUCCAGCUGAAUCCAAUGUCAAAAACCACCACUCCAGUCACCCCUAAGCUAAAACUUCCCCCAACCGACCUGCAGAAUGUUGAUGGCGAGGUCCUGGUUGUCGAGCUGACAAGAGGCUGGAACAGUCGACUUGGUUUCACACUUACUGCAGGCGAGGAUGGAAAAACCGUCAUCAAGCAAAUCUACCCUGACAGUGUCGCUUUCAAAGAUGGUCGACUGAAGGUUGGGGACCAUAUAGUCAUGGUAAAUGACGAAAACAUGGAUCUCUUAUCAACGCCGGAAGUCAUCGACUUGGUGCGCAAGAUCCGGGGGACCGUCGCCAUCACCAUAGUUAGGAAGAAAGAAUUUUAGAUUGAAAGCCGCGCAGCAGCGGCUUGUACAGGAGCAAUACUGGUUCGGCCAUAAUAUCAUUUAAGCAAUUAAUCCACCAUGUUGAGUCUAUUACGCUGCUCUAAUCAAGCCAAAGCUGGUUAUCGCUUUCUAUUUGGCAGGGUCAGUUGAAUUUACCAUGAGAUGCAUCUCACAAAUAUCCUGUUGACUAAGUCAUUACUGUAUGCGGCCCUGUCUUCUCGACAGUCUAAAAUAAACAGAUUGUCCGGAUUUCCCGACUUGAGGCGGAAGACUUCCAUUUGGCGGCGUUUUCUGGUUGAAAAAUGAAUCACUAAUUAUGAUUGUUGCAAAUUAUAUUUUUGGUAAUUUUAUCUUCAGUCUCGGCCUUCUUUUGGGCAAAUCCAGUUGCUGAGUUCAUUUGUCGGGAAGCAGGUUCAAUUUCAAAUUUUACGCAAGACUUAUAUUUGAUUUUCUUGUACAGAGAUGAGCACCGGUGCAAGAGACUUUUAGUUGGGGAGAGCACAGCACUUGCGCUCAAUGCGCUCAUUUGUCUUUUGUAGAAAACGAUGAUGUCUGUUAUGGCGUACCUUUUGUAGAUCUGUGCACACACGCUGUUGUUCAAGCAGGAAAUUAUAUUUUUGAGAAAUGUGUAUCUGGCUUCUCUCUUGUGCGUAAAACUCAAAUAAUUGUAUGUUUUGCAAUAAUCCUAAUGAGCACCAAUGAUCGUGAGUGCUGCACUGUGCUGAUGCCUAAAACUUGACGAUUUCCAAGCAGGAAUCUCGUGAACUAUACACACCUAUCUAAAAAGAGAGUUUUUGCCAAACUAGCUGAAAAAUCGGAACCAAAGCAAGGAAUCGGCAUGUGUAAUGCGCUUGCCAGGCAACUCCUUUUUGAGUAUGUCUAGAGAGCAAUAAAAAUAUUAGUUGUUAAAGCAGACGAAACUUCCUGUUUUGAUGCGAGUUUGGCUAGUUUUGGAAAAAUGAAAGAAUUCAAUAUUUUGUAGCGAGUUAGGUCAGAUUUGGGACAAGUCUAGCUGGUGGGCUUUUGCUUCUGCAGCUUUCCCAAAUUGAAUGUUAUACUUACUAAACUCAGAAUCUCUCUGAAUCUGAGAAAUAUACUAUAGGUCUCUAAAAAG